CCGAACGGCACGCCGCCCGUUAUCGUCCGUCCACGAAAAAUACGUGAUCGCCGUCGUCGUCGUCGCAGCAGCCGCAGCCGCCGCCACCGUUAUGCAGUCCACCCGCCGGUUGUUGUUGGUGUGCAUUUUGGCCGUCGCGGCCGCCGUGUGCCGGUGUUCCGGCGCAACGCCGUCCUGCUCGCCCGACAAACUGGCCAGGUACCGGGUGUCCGUGCGCACCUUCUGGACCCGGGACCGAUUCCCCAAGCACUUCCCGGAAUGGAGACCCCAAGCGCAGUGGAGUAAAGUCAUAGGCAAAUCACACUCCAAAGGAUAUGUUAUGUUCCGGGAAGGAUCUCCGGCAUCCGAAGGAGUCCGGAUGUUUGCCAAGACGGGCCGUAGCGACAAACUGGACGACGGCGGAGGAGGGGAAGAAAUCAUUUUCGACACUUUUGUAGCGCCGAGUGUGCCAACCGGAGCUGCCAGAACACAAGCGCAAUUCUUUGUCGAUGGAAAUCAUUCCAGAGUGUCUCUGAUGUCUCGUAUGAUUCCAUCGCCCGAUUGGUUUGUCGGAAUUGAUUCAUUUGAUCUGUGCGUGAACGGAAACUGGCUGGACAGCAUCACAAUAGAAGCUGAUCCGAUGGACGCUGGAUGCGACAACGGGUUCACUUUUACAGCGCCUAAUUGGCCAACCGACCCGCAGGGCAUUAUUUACCGGAUAAAGAGCAAUUACCCUUCGCACCCGGCCAGCUCGUUUUACUAUCCACAACUCAGCCGGCUGCCCACCAUAGCCACGUUCCAAUUCAUAAAAAUUAAAGAAUACGACCAAUCGUUGGGCGGCAGGGGACAAGCGUCUGAUCCUACGGUGAAGAUCGAGGAAAGCGUGAUCAAAGUGUUGAACGGCGACACGGACAGCGACCGGGAAGUUCAAUUGGAAAUGGAACAACAAAGACGGGAACAGGAAUACAACAACUAUAAGAGUAUUGGCGAUAAUCAAGUCUCCGUUGCCAACGUCACGGCGCCGCAACUCGUACCGAAAACCAACAAAGACGCCCUUUUGGACAGCAUCAUGAUCAACAGUUAUCCCGUCCGAAAACAUAAGAAACUACACAAGAAGUCGAGGUACCGCGAUUGUCGAGUGAGCGAUUGGUCAGAGUGGAGUGGCUGCAGCGUUUCUUGCGGCAUCGGCGAAAUGCAAAGGAGGCGAGAAGUCAUCAAACAUCCGAGGGGCGCCGGUCGACAGUGUCCGCCUUUGUUGGAGACCAAAUGGUGUGGGAGUGCAAGAGACUGUCCUCAGGCGCAUUUCAACACGUGGUAAUCCACAAGCACCGACCUCGAUGUUGUCUAUAUAUACAUAUAUAUAUAUUAUAAUAAUCAAUGUUGUCCUUUCCAACAGCUGUAAAAGCGAUCAUUUCUAUAUGUAUAGGUAAUAUUAUUUUGCUCUUCGACCAGCGACUUUUUUUUUUUUUUUAAUGUACCACCUACUCUAGGUUUAAACGUUCUCUUGUUCCCUCUGAAAAUGCGAGAAAAAAAAAUUGUGUAAAAAUUGUCUGUAAAUUAUUGACUUGUAUAAAAUAUAGGAUAUAAUAUAUUAUAAGUAACAAUUAAUAUAUCGAACAAAUUAUUAUAAUAAUCAAUAAAACUUAUACUGACGUAGUUUAAAGCUUUUUUGGGGGCGAAGGAAAUUCAUUUUUAUUUUUAUUUUGUGUGACAAUUACUGCAACGGGUCUCUGUAUACAACUUGAAAUAUUAGACUCGGCGCUUAUGAUAUUUAUUUUAAGACCUUUGGCAACAUAUUUAUCGUAAUUAGUUAUAUUAUAGAUACGAGCGUGUGUUAUUUAUCUAGAAGACGAUUUAUUCUGAUAAAAAUGUAGUGACGCGAGUUAAAAUGCCAGUAUUUUUUAAAUUUCUUUACAUUUAUUAAAAUAUACCUAAAUAGUACCUAAUAAAAAAAAACAAUUACCAUUAAAAUAGUACAAGUAUGUAUAUUUUUAUCAGAAUAAAGUGAUAUUUCAAAUAUUUAACGUUCAGUAUAGGUAAUAUAUUAUAUCAUGUGUAAGUAACGGAUACCUACCGGUAAAUAUUGAACAAAUAUACAUUUGACAUAAUAUUAUAUUAUUAUUUAUAAACGUAAUAAGUAUUUUUAGUUAGACGACUUUUGUAAGUCGGAAUUCUAUCAUGUGUACCGCAGUUUAAUUUCAUAUUCGUUAAGUGUUAGAAUACACAACAACUUGUAUAAAAUUACAAAAUUAAAAAUUUCACAAUUGAUUAUAAUGUUUCGAAAUUGUUGUACAAUCAAUCGACUGGACUAGAAUAUUUCUCAUGCUUUUAUUUUGAAAAUAUAACAUUAUAUGUUUUUGCGCUGCAGUCUUUUUCUGUUAAUAAAAACCAUGACGUACAACCUGUCGAUAAAUAAUACAUUCAUAUGAAUCGAGUUUAUAUCCAUACAUAUUAUAUAUUAUUAUUACUAUAAGUAGGACUCGAGCUGUUGUAUCGUCGUAUUAUUAAGUAUUUGAAACAUGUAACUGUACUAUUAGUAUAUGUAUUCAUACAUAUUGUAUGUGUUGAAGAUGAAAAAUUGAAUGUAAUGUUACAAAACGGAAUAAAAUGGAAAUGCGCAUGAAAAAGUGUG